GACGCAAAAAAGCCCAGAAAGCAAAGCGACACUCUCAGAAGUCAACGCAGCCCGAUUUUGUUUGCCCUCGACACCUACCUCCAACGAAUGAGGUCAGAAUUCACAUUUUCUUAAAGGAAUGUGUCAAAUAAAGGAGUUUUUCUUCGCGUCUCAAAGCUGGAUUUUCUUCUUCGGAAUGCACGCGCCUGAAAAUUAAAGGAACACCGCAUAUAUCUUGGGCGCACCCAAGCAUCGAGUGUUUCAUGAUUCUCCAGCCUACAUCGUUUCGAGCUUCUGACAUAAGCGAAUUGCACCACCAUGACGGACCGUGGUCAAUAUCAGCACCUUGUCGACGAAAGCAGUUCUGACCCAGGAGCAGUCAACGAUGGCACGCGUGGCGCUUCUGAAAGUUUCAUACUCGACGAUGGCUUUCAUCUGCGGUUGAAACGCAGACGCUCAUGGUUGUAUCGUGGGAUCAGCUCUCCGAUCUGGUUCUUCUGCUUUACUGUUCUGGCUAUGGUCAUGAUUCUUCAAGCUCUGGGUUUGCCGGGAGUCAUUACUGUCCUUUCCAGCAAGAAUGGCGAAAGCGGGGAGCCUUCCUUUUCUUACGAACGUGGGUUUGAAAAUGAUUUCGAGGAGAUGAAAUCCGCCAUCAACCUGAUCCCCCAGCGUUUCAACGGCGCAGUCCGCUCCGGCUCUAACGGCACUCUCAACUUCCACUGGUCGCACUCCUCUAACGAACCCCGCUACACCCUCUCCAGCGGCGCGACCUGGGACGAAGUCGACGAGUCCUGGGAAACCCUUCUGGCCGGCCGCUAUGUCAAGCUGCAACCCUCCGAGAUCUCCUCCCUCGACGCCGACGUUCUCUCCCCACCUCUGCAGUCCAUCGUCGGGCCGAAUACACCGCCGGGAAUCUACGGCGGACCAGAUAUGCUUCAUAGCCUUCACUGUCUCGACGGACUGCGGAAGAAUCUCGAUCUUGACCGCUACGAGAAACAUAUGUGGAUGAACGCCUCGCUCCGACGUCUGCAUAAUGAUCAUUGCAUUGAGCAGCUCCGUCAGGCGGUUCUUUGUCAUGGCGAUAUGACCCCCGUAACAAUUCGCCCGGUGUACGACGAGCAAGGCAAGGAAGUCUGGGUCUGGCUGGGCGAGACGGAGAGGGAACAUACCUGUCGUGAUGGGAUGGCGUUGAGGGAGAAAUGGUGGGAACGGGGCGCGAGGACGGGGAGGUUGCAUCAUUGAUUGGAAUGGCGGGAUACGUCAGGGGUUGUCACUUACUGGACUGCUCUGUUUUGAUUUCAAGAUUGGAACCUUGUCUCAUAUAGACCUUCGUCAUGGAAACUUGGCAUACUUGUGGUGAAUGGUUGGUCUCACGUUCUUGCUUUGUGAUGAUGUUUCUUGCAAGAAAAGCCCUCAUCUGCCUAGUAGAUGAAAGGAAUGUUGUUGAUCGAGAGUGAGAUUUUGAAAAAGCUCUUGCGGAGACCGGUGACGACUGCGAUACCGCUGAUGAUUGAUUAAAUCGGCGUUGGCCAUCGAGGUCUGAAGUGACUGUACAUGAAACAUCGAAGUGCUGUUCCUGUGGAGAGUGAUGGCAACUGCGAUGACUCGAUAAUUUGAGACAAUCAACGCCUUGAGGGACUGCGACGAAGCACCCAUGAGUUGUCUU